AUGAGUAUUCGAUUAGGAGAUGUUGAUAAAGCAGGGAGCCUGAUGUAUCAAACCGGGAGUAAUGCGCCGCCAGAGGGAAGGGCGAUGGUACACACAAUGCGUACCAAAAACGAUCUUGCUUUCAUGGAAGGGCUACGAACAGGAGCCCCGAUAUGUUAUUCUGAUUUCAAAGCGGGGGUUGUGACGAGGAGCUACAUGACCAUCUCUCAGUUUCUGGGUCUAGUAGUCGAAGGCUCGGAAUCUGGUUAG